AAUGCCUUGCGCCUCGCUCUCCACCUUUUCGCUGAUUCUAAGCUUUCCGGGCAUUCCAUUUUGGAUUUUAGGCUCUUCGGAAGGAAUCGCGUUCAAAUGUGCAAGUGGAAUGGGUGGGGUUACUGCGACACCUACGUCGCAAUGUCAAGUUCCUCAACAAUUCGCCUCCAGGGAUCAAGGUAUACACUCUGUGGAGUAGACAUGAGACACUGGCACGAAUUCGUUGAGUCAAUCAAGGGUAUUAAAUUCACCUUCACGUCACCCGCGCAGACUACAAUACCGAUUCCUCCUCUGCGAAACUUCAACCCCGCUUUCAUUGAAGAACUGAGUCAAAUGGCCCCUGAGGUGGAGGUCGCCGGAUGUCCAAAGGAGCGCCUGUUUCACGGUCAUGGCCACACCUGUCAUGAAAUUUUUGAGCUACGUUUCGGAUUCAUACGCCGACUUCCAGACGUAGUGCUUUACCCGAAGGAACACAAAGACGUUGAGGCUAUUGUGGCCUGUGCAGCAAAGCAUGAUGUGUGCCUGAUUCCGUAUGGAGGCGGGACGUCGGUUACUAUGGGGGUGACAGUACCAGAGGGAGAAACGCGCAUGGUGGCCACUGUGUCUCUUGGCUUCAUGCAGAAGAUUCUGCGCCUCGACCGAGACGCGUUGCUUGUAUGGGUGGAAGCAGGAGCAGUGGGUGCUACACUGGAGGAGAGGUUGCGCCGGUGCGGAGUUACUCUAGGUCACGAACCAGACAGCUUUGAGUUCAGCACGGUUGGUGGUUGGGUAGCCACUCGAGCUUCAGGUAUGAAGAAGAAUGCAUAUGGUAACAUCGAGGACAUGGUGGUAGACAUGGUCGUAGUAACUCCAAAAGGCACUCUCAAUCAACGGACAGCUGCUCCCCGGGUUUCUUCUGGCCCAUCUCUUCAACACUUGAUCCUCGGUAGCGAAGGCACUCUGGGCAUCGUUACCCAAGUUUUGUUGAGAGUGAAAAUCGUCCCUGAGUGCAAGGCGUACGGUUGCCUGGCCUUCGCGACAUUUGAUGCCGGUGUGCGUUUCCUACGGCAUGUUGCACUGAAGAAGAUGCAGCCAGCCAGUAUGCGCCUCAUGGAUAAAACGCAAACUCAGUGUGGCUCCCUCUUUAGAAUUUCGCCACCAGGAGGACCUCCAAUGAAAGAACUGCUGAUGGAGAAAAUUAAAAAGUUUUACUUACACAGGAUAAAAGGUUGGAGGGAAGACGAUCUUUGUGCGUGUACUCUUCUGUUCGAAGGCACAGUGGACGAAGUGGCAACUCAGAAGCGAAAUAUCUACAAAACUGCAAAGAUGUAUGGGGCGUUGCCGGCUGGCAGCAGUAACGGCGAGCGAGGCUACCAGAUGACUUUCAUGAUUGCUUACCUCAGAGAUUUCAUAAUGGAGCAUCACUGGAUUUUUGAAUCUUUUGAGGCAUCUAUGCCCUGGCCAGUGGUGUUGAUUUGCUAUGAGCGCGUAAAAGAAAAAAUCGCCUGGGACUGCACUCAACUUGGAAUCAAGUAUCCGCCUAUUGUAAUGGUGCGGGUUACACAAGUCUACGAUGGAGGCGCCGUCCUGUAUUUUUACUUCGGAUUUAAUUGGGCAGGUCUGGAUGAUCCAGUAGAGGUAUAUAGCACAGUGGAGCAUAAUGCACGACAAGUCAUAAUGGACUGCGGCGGAGCCAUAUCACAUCAUCAUGGAGUUGGGAAACUCAGGAAGGAAUUCAUGGCGAAGGCCAUUGGAGAAACUGGCAUUCAAGUGCUACGAGCUACAAAAAACGCCAUGGACCCCCAAAAUAUAUUCGGUAACGGGAACUUAAUAUGA